ACAACUAAAAUUCGACCCGAACAAACUAACAACUAUAGCUAAAAAUUAUAAACAGACAAUAAAUACAAAAUGGAAUUAACACUGGAGCAAUUGGCACGCAUUGCGCUGGGCGUUCCAGAGAUGAAUCAAUUAAAUGUGGCUGUGCUGCACAGUCUGUUGGAUGCACUGAUGAAGAAGCUCGCUUGUCAGCAGGAUUUGGUAACAAUUGAGGGUUUCGAGGGCAAGUGCUUGGAGCGUUUGCUGGAGCGCUCAAAGAUUUCGCCGCUGCCCUUUGAUGUGGCCACAAUUGUGCCCAUCUCAACGGAAUUGCAGAAAGUCGACGGAAUGGAGAAACGUUUGGCAAAACUUGAGAGCAAAAUGGAGGCACAUUUCCAGCAGAUACGCGUCUGCAACAAGGUCAACUCGAAACAGUAUCACAAACAGCUGUGGGAACAAUAUACGACACCCUGUGAGGAUCUGUGCACCGUUUGCGAUGAGGACAACAAGAUUGCCUGCAGUCUGCUGCAGAAUAUGGAUUUCAUGAAGAAGCUGCUGCGACGCAUUGCCUCGCCCAUGAUCGAUAUGGUCGAGCAGAUCCAAAAGGAGCUCGACAAGUUCUAUGUGACCCUCAAGGCCUUUCUCAGCAAGACUGAGGCACUGUUCGAGCGACUCGAACUGGUCAAACAGUGUGUGAUUGAGAUUGAGAAAUUGCGUGAACUGGUCAAUGAAUACAAUCUGACGUUCAUUGGCACCAUGGAGGAGUUGCAGGAUAUGCUGGACAGCAAGCUGGACAAGGUGCAUAUGCCGGCACUCAAGAAAUAUAUACGCGAUCGUUUCGAUAACAUCGAUCUGCGACUACUGAAGAUCGAGGACAAGGACACUUGUCCGCGUGCCGCUGGCUUCAUCAGCACGGGCAUCCGUUGCAUAUCCUGCGGCAAUACUCAUAUCGGCGUCGAUGUUGGUCCGCUGACUAUUGGCCCGCUGCCCGAUGCGACGGCCAGCAGCCAGAGUCCCGCUGCCUGUGUCAAAAACAUGGCCUAUCGCACCGUCGACAAGGAACCUACGCUGAUGGUGCGCGUCCAGAAUCUCGAUCUCAAUAUGAUUUCCAAUCGCCUGAAUCGUCCGAGCAGUGGAAAGAUUUGCAAGCUGCCCGAAGCCAAUGACACCAUCUACGGUGUACGCAACUCUUACUCGAACUAGACACACACAGUGUCAAAAGUCACCUUUCCCAGUUGCUUCCCCUACCAGCAAAAUCGUAAUGUGCAGGCAAAUAAAGCUUUGAGACUCAA